UAAAAGUGUUUGAAACAUUUUAAGAAGAAAAUCACAGUGGAUCCUUCAUUAUAGUGAAAUUAAAACAUACUAACUACAACAGUGAGCAGUUUUGGAUCGCCAUUUUACUGUGGCUUAUUGCAAAGCGAACAUUCGUUGAUUCGCUCACUCAAGGUCACGCGGUCCAGUGUACGCCACGAUUUCGGUUCCGUUCCGGUCAUUCGUUCCGUUCGUUCCCGUCACACGAAAAACGACGCAAUUUAUCGCCAUUUUGUUUAUUCAUUUGUCUAUUGCAGUGUAAAACAAUUUUAUUAAUAUUUUGUGUGAACAAGCGAGCUUACAACAAUGGAUAAUACAAACGAACAGUUAUUGAAGCGUCGUUCUGUCCUGAAGGGAUGCCUUACAAGGUUGGACAACGGUUUGACACCAGAAUUUCUACAAACUGCGUCAGCGCAAAUGUUGAAAUUAAAAGAAGAACGCGCACAAGAAAUUUUUCAUGAAUAUAUGGAAUUGCUGUCACAAAUCGAGGACGAUGACGAUGAUGAUCCCACGAAGAUGGAAGAUAGAUACUUCCACUGCAUGGACGUGCUCCGAGUAAAACAACAACAGUUGUUCACGCUGUCAAAAAGUGAUUCCUCUAAUCGCGGCAUAAGUGCUCCAGUGAAGUUACCAAAUAUUAACAUACCCGAUUUCAAUGAUUUUAUAAUGUACCUGGAAGCCAGAGCACUCGCAUUCGAGAACUCUGACAACGGCAGAGCAUCAACAAGUGGAUGUCCACCUCCAAGAAGGAGCCAAGGUGAAUUUAAAGUAGCUAAUGUAGCCUCCAAGGAAGAGAAACAAUGCCUCUUCUGCAGUAAGUAUGAUCACAAGCUUUUCAGUUGCCCUAAGUUUCUUUUGGCCAAUCCUACACAGCGGAAUGCAUUUGUGAAUAGCAAAAAGCUUUGCAAGGUUUGUUUGAAUGGUCACCAUGGCAAAUGCAGAUUCUAUUUUAAGUGUGCACAUUGUAAACAAAGCCAUAACACGCUUCUGCACACUAACACCGCAUCUCAGCCUGUGGCCCAUGUGUCUGUGGAUUCGCCGCCGCAGUCCAUCGAUCUGAAAGAAAAUGUGUCAUUAUUAUCAGGUUUAAAUAACAACAAGCAUGUAUUGCUUCCCACAGCUAAAGUAAAGGUACUUACCAAUGAUGGCAGGGAGCUUACUGUCAAGGCCCUACUUGAUUCAGGGAGUCAAUCAUCCUUCAUAACAUCAAACCUGGCCAAAACAUUAGGCAAAACGCUUUCCAUGGGAACAAUAAACAUAAAGGGCAUAGCGAACACAGUACAGAACAUAAAUAAUUCUGUACAGCUUGAUGUUUUCUCACUGGCUUUUCCUUAUAAGGCUCAUGUCAACUGCCUUGUGGUGGACAAAAUUACAACUAAGUUGCCACAAAAUACAUUUAAUAUCUCUGACGUCGAUAUUCCAGCACAUAUUACACUUGCAGACGAUACUUUCAACCAAACAAGUGACAUUGAAAUUUUAUUGGAUGCUGGUGUCUUUUUUCAGUCGUUGCUGCCCCAGCCUGAAGAGCAGCACAAGUCCAGUGAUCCUGCACAGCCGCGCCUAGUUGCGACAACCUUCGGCUAUGUAGUUGCAGGCAACAUCCCGGAGCAACCUCGCCAGAAUACUGCUGUCUCCCUAUUUUGUCAAAAUUGUGAGUCAGAUAUUAGCAGCACAAUUAAUAAGUUUUGGCAAUCAGAGGCUGUCCCGGAAAUAUUCACUGAACAUACGUCUGAACAAGCAUACUGUGAACAGUAUUUUAAAGACACUGUAAAGCUAAUAAAUAACAAGUUUGAAGUCUCAAUGCCCCUCAAAAUCCCCAUAUAUGACAUAAAUAAUACACUGGGCGAUUCACUAGGCUUAGCAUUGCGAAGAUUUCUCAAUUUGGAGAAAAGACUUCAAAAAGAUCGCUCUCUAUUUGAUGAAUAUCAGAAAUUCAUCCAUGAAUAUAUUGACCUCGGUCAUGCAAGUUAUGUAGAUAUCACAAGUUAUGAUCUAUCACGAGAUGCGGUGUAUUUUAUGCCUCAUCACCCCAUCAUUCGGGAGAAUGCUGUCAGCACACGCCUGCGUACAGUAUUUGAUGGAUCCAUGAAGACUUCAAACAAAAUUUCAUUAAAUGAUUUAAUGUUAAAUGGUCCUGUAGUCCAAAACGACUUGUUCGACAUAUUAGUGUUGUUCAGACUUAACAGGUAUUUUUUCACAUGUGACAUCAGACGUAUGUUCAGAAAUAUAUCCAUAGAGAAAAGCCAACGAUCAUUACAAAAUAUUCUAUGGCGAGACAAUGAUAAAGAUCCAAUUAAAUGUCUGCAAUUAAAUACUGUCACAUACGGGUUAAAAAACUCGUCAUUCCUAGCCACAAGAUGCUUGAAUGAGCUAGCAGAAAGAUAUAAAAAUGACUAUCAAUUAGCAUGUCCAGUAAUAUUAUCAUCAACCUAUGUUGAUGACAUUUUAUAUAGUCACAACAAUCUCAACACAAUAAUUCAAACUAAAAAUCAACUUGUUGAAUUGUUAAGUAAAGGGAGCUUCACUCUACACAAGUGGUCAGCUAAUGAUGCCAAAAUUAUAGAAAAUAUUCCUAUAGAGCAGCGGUAUUCUGGGGAGAUUACUCUUCAAAAGGACAUCAAAACGUUGGGUUUAAAUUUUAAUGAAAAUUCAGACUCAUUUACAUUCUCUCCAUUGCCCAAACAAUCUGUGAAAACUAAAAGACAAAUCUUAAGUUUCAUAAGUCAGUUUUAUGACCCAUUAGGAUUAAUUGGACCAAUUUUUGUCAAGGCUAAACAAAUAAUGCAAAGUCUUUGGAAGUCCAAUACGGAUUGGGAUUCUGUUCCUCCAGCUGAUAUACAGAAGGAAUGGCAAGCCUUUUAUGAUGAGUUAUCAAGUAUGCCUAAAAUCUCAAUCAAGAGAAAUACAUGUUUGUAUGAUAAUAAAAAAAUGCAAUUAAUUGGUUUUGCAGAUGCAUCUAACGUCGCAUACGGCUGCGCAGUCUACAUGAGAACAGUGAAUAGCAAUGAUGAAGUGAGCAUGUCCCUGUUAUGCUCCAAGUCGCGCAUUAACCCCGCGAACAGUACAUUAACCAUACCUCGACUGGAGCUCAACGCAGCUCUGCUCUUGGCUAGAUUAAUGUCUCGAGUCUACAAAAAUAUCAAACAACAUCAAACAGUUCAUAACGUACAUCUGUUCACUGACUCUCAGGUAGUACUCGCGUGGUUAAACACCGAUGCCAUCAAAUUAAAUGCAUAUGUAGCUAAUCGAGUUAAAUUUAUAAAUGAGCUCACAGAAAACUUUACAUGGGGUUAUGUAACUACAGAAAGUAAUCCAGCAGAUUGUUUGAGCCGUGGAGUCAAUCCCUGCAACUUACAAAACCAUCACCUAUGGUGGUCAGGGCCAACAGAGAUGUCUAACUCUAAUUAUAAUUUUACAGAUUAUAGUUAUGAUGUGCCUAGAAUUUUGCCUGAAACAAAAGCUGUACCGUCGCAACAAGACGUAGUAUGUGCAUUGACACAUAGUACUCAGGAAUCAUUUUUUGAUACUUUUAUCAACAAAUUCUCUACUCUUAACAAAGCAGUAAGAGUACUUGCUUAUGUCAAAAGGUUCUGUAGUAAUAUUCGACCUAACUCAGUCAAAGUCCAAGAAAAUUUCAUCACUCAUUCAGAAUAUAGUACUUCAUUAAAUUUAUUAAUUAAAAAUGAACAACAAAAGUACUUUUCUACUGAAAUUUCUCACUUGCAAAACAAUAAACAACUAGUGAAAUCUAAUUUAAUGAGUCUUAAUCCUUUUAUUGAUAAGGAAGGCCUCCUAAGAGUGGGUGGGCGACUGCAACAUGCUGAGUUGUCAUAUGCACAAAAACAUCAAUUAAUUUUACCUAAGGAAUCCAUAUUAACACGCUUAAUUAUUGAAUUUGAACAUGUAAAAUUGUUGCAUGCAAGUCAAAAGCUCAUAAUGUAUAAUUUGAAUCAGCGUUACUGGAUUGUAAACGGCUUACGUUUAAUCAAACAUAUAAUUCACAAAUGUACUGUAUGUUUCCGUUUCAGGGCUACUACAGCCAAACAAUUGAUGGGGUCACUACCUGCAGAUCGUGUAAAUGUCAGCCGACCAUUUGCAAAAGUGGGAAUGGAUUUCGCUGGGCCGAUUAUGAUAAAGCAAUCGCGCGCUAGAGGUGUCCUAACUACUAAAGGGUACAUAGCUGUAUAUGUAUGCUUUACAACUAAAGCUAUACAUUUAGAGCUUGUAAGUGAUCUUACAACAGACACCUUUUUAGCUAGCUUCAAACGUUUUGUGUCGCGAAGAAAUGUCCCUAGCGAGGUCUACUGUGAUAAUGCUGGCACUUACAGGUCUGCAAGUACCCAAUUAACUGAAUUGUAUAAUUUAAAUAAUUCAAAAUGUCAUCAGGCUCAAGUGCAGAGUACAGCGGCUCAAAUGGGGAUCAACUUCCAUUUUAUUCCUGCAUAUUCACCGGUGUUCGGCGGUUUAUGGGAAUCUGCCGUCAAAAGUGUAAAAUACCAUCUUAAGAGACUACUUGGUAGUCACACAUUCACAUAUGAGCAGCUGUACACUGUCCUGGUGCAAAUUGAGGGAGUCUUAAACUCCAGACCACUCAUGCCUAUGUCUUCUGAUGUAAAUGACACGUCAUAUCUUACUCCUGGGCAUUUUCUUACGGGAGCAUCAAUGUCCUCUCUCCCGGAACGAGAUAUCAGUAAUGUACCAGAAAAUAGACUGAAAUUUUGGUCAAAAUGUACUGCUUUAAAGCAGCAAUUUUGGAAACAAUGGUCAAAACAAUACUUAAAUGUUUUACAAAACAGACCCAAGUGGAAAACUAGUUAUCCUAAUGUAAGUAUAGGUGACCUUGUUAUUCUAAAAGAAUUAGAUCAACCUCCAAUGACUUGGCCAAUGGCACGAGUAACAAACAUAUUUCCUGGUGCAGAUGGCAAAGUAAGAGCCUUGGAAGUUAUAAAAGCCAAUGGCAGAAGUCAUAGGACGUCGGUCACAAAAAUAUGUUUAUUACCCAUACAAUAAAUGCCUUGUAUUAGUUUAUACUUUGUUUAAACUAUGUCUCAACAUAGACAUGUUAGUAGGUUAAGCCUAUGUUCUUCCUACUCGACACAUUGUUUUCGUAGGCCUAGAUGCUUCUCAGAAUGUGCUGAUUCACUUCUGAGAGGAUGCCAAGAAACACUUAGAUAUUAAGAUUAAAUUAUAAGUUAUAUUAUAGGUCCUGUCAUGUUAAAGAAGUUUAUUUCUUUGUUUAUGCUAAAUAUAGCAUACAAUAUUUCAUUUUUCUUAUAAGGCCAAUUCUUAAGUACAAAUUAUAAUAAUUGUAAUUUUAUGGCUAAAAAUGUAUAAAAAGUACCUAUAAUUAAUUCU